AUGCCGCCGAUAGAAGUGCCAUCGUCUGCGACGACGAACGAGUCACCGAAGUGGGCCUCGUCGCUGCUGCGGCAGCGCCUGGCGACUCGCGGCGAGUUCCGCAACGAGGCAUCUCAGUGUGCCGCGGCCAUCCUCCGCUCGGAGGCGGCCCGCGCGGAUGGCCAACUCUGCGACGACGUUGGCGCCGUGCUCGCCGGCAACGCCGUUUACAUCCGCCGUUUUGUCUGCGACGAGGAGGACACGCAGAUGUACGAUAGGCUCAAGGCGGAGCUGGUCGCCGCGACGGGGGCGAGCAUGUCGUCCGACGGCGGCCGCAUUGACUGGAGCCGGCACGAGAUAUUUGAGAACCCGACGGGGAUCAGUGCGACGUUCAACGACGUCGUAGCCAUGCUGGCGGAGUACUUCGACGUGGACGUGUACGCCACGCGACUAAAUUACUACCGCGACGGGCAGCAGUGGAAGCCGCAGCACCACGACAGCCACGCGUACGGCAGCCACACCACCGCCACAGGGGAGCGGCUGCGCGAGGACUUCACGGUGGGCAUCACGCUUGGGGCGACCCGCAGCCUUCUCUUCGUACACGAGGCCUCUGGACGCCGCUUUGACUUCCCGCAGCGCAACGGCGACUGCUUCGCCUUCACUGGAGAGGUAAACACCACCUUUACGCACGGGGUGCCACGUGUGAACGCGCUGAUUGGCGAUCGCUUCAGCAUCAUCGCCUGGGGGCGGCGGCGCGCGAUGAAUGCGCGUAACGGUGGCCGGGCCGCGACGUCCUGCGACGUUCGGCUUAAAGAAGGCGGUGACGUUCGCACCGUCGAUGACGCCAUACUCGCCGCCCAUCAGCUUGUCUCCCGCGCGUAUGCGUCCGCCAAGCCAGCAGUGGCGCCGUCGCUGUUGAUGCGAGCGAAUGCGAGAAACGGCAACGACCACAAGGGUGGCACUAGCGACGACGGCGGCGUGCCCGCAAAGAAAAAGAAGAAGAAUCGGCUUCAGUGA